GCUUAUACAGCGGGGGCGGCCAAGUCGCUUGUGUCCACCCCAGGUCUUCUGUGCGCUUCAACCUGCCUGCGAGAUUCCUCUCUCCAUUUUGUACAAGCAAUCGUCAACCCGCCUAUUGGCCUAACUGCCAUAUGAUAGCAGUAUGGUGAACGCCACUGGUCGUGAUGCACAGUCCAGGCGCGUGCGAACGCGGACCGGCUGCUGGAAUUGCAAACGCAGGCGCAAGAAAUGUAAGCGCUGUCAAACCUCAUGAACUGUUUUGGAAAGGAUUUGUUAAUCAUCAACGCGGAGUUCGGUCAGGUGACGAACAUCGUCCUGCUUGUACAGCGUGUACACGAAAUGGCGAGAUCUGCGACCGCGGUGUGAAGUUGGUGUUUCGCCCUGAGAAUGUGGAGUCAGUUUCUAUUGAUCACCCAUCAAUGCAGCAACAAUGCAUGUCGGACCCGCGGCUUCACAAGGAGUUUGAUAUCAUCGACGUAACUGCUGAGGUCACCCGGGAUUAUUGGAAUAAUGAUUCUGAUAUUCCCAAUAGCCCUAGCAUCGCCAAUUCAGCCAGCCGAAUCACUACCCAAACCCCGCGGAGAGACAGAGAAAAUCAAUGGAAUCUUCUCAAUACGGAAACUAGUCAUGUUUCACUACGUGAGAAUGAUAGAGAACUGACCGAGUCCAAUGUCGAAGAUUCAGUCGUCCUUGAUAGAGCAAAUCCAAUUGUGUAUUCUCCUCAUGGGCGGCAUCUACAAAGCGAUACAGGUAGCGGUAUAUCGCCAGGAACGUUCGAAACUCUGAAGUCUGUGGCUGCAGGCCUUCUCAAUCUGGGGCGUUCAUUACCCGUCUCAGAAGUCACUAAUAUAGCCGAAGCUCAGGUUUAUUUAGGGAAUGCGCCGCUCCCAGUGACAAUCAGCCAUGACCUAAGCACAAAUAGUUCGACCACGGAGGAUAUUCAACAAGAUGGCGUCUUCGUGCCUGGCUCUGCGUAUUUUGAGGCCCAUUCUGCUCUUCGAAACCAUACGUUUCACGCAGCUAGGUCUUGCUUCCCAACACGAGGUGGUACACCGAGAGAAUCAAGUGUUGAUGACGAUUGGAACCACCCUAAUGCCCGUACUUUCCCUGUGUAUCCCUCCAAUACACUUGUUAUUGGUGGUGGAGAAGGACUUUCCGUACCUGGAGCUCCCUUCGAUGGGUUGACACCACAAGAAGAACAUGAAUUAUGGAGAAAUUGGGUAGAUGAAAUUGCACCUUGGCUCGACAAGUUUGACAAUCGUCGCCACUUUGGACACUUUCUGCCAACGUUGGCCCAGGAACAUUCACAUUUACGUUUUGCCAUGCUUGCUCUUUCUGCUCGGCAGCUGGAGAGGAAACAUCCGGAGCGAUCUCUAAAGAGUCUAGAUCUAUAUCAAGAAGCCAUUCAUCAACUCGUUCCGCAAUUACAGACCAUAUCGACAACUGUAGUAACAUCUUGCGUGGUCCUUUGUGUUUUAGAGAUGAUGAGCUGUUAGUGCGAGUAUUCCAAAGUCGUGAAAACGCUCUUGACAUUCUCUUUAGGUGCCCCUGAGAUGUGGAGACAACAUCUUGACGGUUGUGCCAGCUUGAUUGAGUCGUCAGGUAUCAAUGGAUUAUCCGGUGGCUCG